CGCGGUGAAAACAUUCUGCAUUUAGCUUCAAGGCACUGCAAUCCAGACAUACUCCGCCUCCUAAUUGAUCGUUUUCCAGGAGGUAUGUAUCAAGCGGACAAACAAGGGGAUAUACCCCUGGUGCGGGUUAUCAAAAGUCCCUUGGCGUCACAAGACCGAUAUGAGUCAGCGAGAAUCCUUCUCUUGCAAAGCGACAUCGACUGGAAAAGCCAUUCUUGGGAUGGAAAGCAAAAUCCCUUGCGGGCAGCCGUGCAGCUUGGCGAUUCAAAUAUGUGUCGCCUCUUGGUCGGUAUUGGCAACAUGAAUCCACUUUCGGCGUUGGCUGAUGGCAGCGAGGGCCAGGUGGAAUUGCGAGACAGAACUCCAGAUAACGAGGAUAACGAGCUGCAAAUCUGGCAAUUCCUUUGUUCGCUUGCUGACAUGGGGUCGGUAAAUGCUCAGCAUUAGAUCAGUCUGUCUUCCAAUGUGAAACCCCCCAGCGUUCGUGUCUGGAGCAUCAUUUUCUUUAAUGCACUCAUUAAUUUCCUGCCCCUCACCUGCCUGGUAGUUAUGAUGGUCGGAGAAAGUAUCAUAGGUAAAGCAAAUUGUGUAAACUAGUAUGAAGAAUAAAAGAAGAUCUGGUUCUGACAUAAGUAGGAUAAAAAUGCGAUCUAUAGGCCAGAAUCAGACAGAAUCCGGCAAGGAUAUUCGGGGGGGACCACGAGAUUUUUGUCUGACAAGAAGGACAAGAAACACAAAACAACCCUCAAAAAUGCAAGCCAUCGAUGGGGCGUUUUUGGGGCGAAAGAGUCUGCUGAAAG